CGGCCGCGGGGCUUUGGGUGACUUGUGCGGUUUGUUCUCCCUCCCUGCAGAGCGGCCCCGUUUCUCUUCCAGACCUUUGUCUGGAUGGAAAGAAAAGGAUGGAGGAGCAGUGGUGGAAGGGGGAGCUGGCAGCGGACAUCCAUCACACACUGAGGACGAAGGAACUUAAAUUGCCUGUGUACAAGGCUUGUUCACCACAGAUUGGCAUGCGCCGAUACUUCAUUGAUGUCUUGACUGUGCUCAGCAACCAUUGCAACCUCUGUCCCACAGCCCGGCAUCUCGCUAUCUAUCUGUUGGACCUCUUCAUGGAUCGCUAUGAUGUGACUGCCAAGCAACUGUACAUCAUUUCAUUUGCCUGUCUUCUCCUAGCAAGUAAAUUUGAAGAAAAAGAAGAUAAAGUUCCAAAGUUGGAGCUCUUAAAUAACCUGGCAUACAUGUGCAACGUGAAUGUGGUAUUAAACAAGCAAGAUUUGCUUACAAUAGAAAUACUGCUUUUGGAAAACUUCAGCUGGAACCUCUGUAUGCCAACGCCAGCACACUACAUUGACUACUACCUCUAUGUGUCUAUUGGAGAGAAUGACCUUCACAAUGGCUGGCCCAUCACCUCGCCAACCAAAGUCAAAGACUUUCUUGAGAAAUAUGCCUAUUAUUUCCUUGAUUUCUCAGUGCAAGAUCCCACUUUCCUCCAUUUUCGUCCAUCUCUGAUUGCUGCGGCUUGUGUGUGUGCCUCGCGUAUCUGUAUGCAGGUUUCUCCUGCCUGGACAACACAGCUUGAAUUGCUAACAUGCUAUUCCUUGGAACAUCUUGCCCCGUGCAUUGAGAUGAUGCUCAUAUAUUAUGAGAAUGACAUCAAUGAAGCCAGUAACAUAAAAAAGCAAGUAACAACUCAACAUCAAGAACAGGAAGCAGCGGGAAACCUGAGUUACCAAGCUACUACUCAAGUUCUCUUCCAGCAAUCUAGUUACCACCCUUUAACCCAGCAUUCAGCUACACUUUCCCAGUUCCAGUGGCCAGUGCAAGAUUUGUGCUCUGCUUAUCGUGAAUCCUUACAGCAGGCCCACAGGCCCAGUGGUCUGCUUGCUGGGAGCACUGACAGCUCCCUGCACUCCUACACAGCUCUCCAGGCCAGCCUUCAGCCAUCUGCCCAGGCUCUGCCCAUCCAAACACCCUUUGCCGUGCAGGUGGCAUUUGGAACAGAGCCCAGACACUGCAUUUCCACAGUUUGUGGCAGUAGUUACUUCAGUGAUCAUCAUUCAUAUGCAGCUGGGUGUUUUGACUGAUAAAUACCUACAGGAUUAAAAGGUGGUAUGAAUAGACACUGAAGAAGAGACUCUGUGUGAUAGAAGAUGUGUAUCUGAAUUAAAACCACAGAGGAACAGCAUCCUUAUGACUUGCCCAUUCAGCCAAUAUUGAUAUGGAUCCACUGAUGACUGGAACCUGGUGCCUUUCUGCCAAGGGUUGUAGCUUUGGCUUUUAAUGAGAGAGAGAAAAUGAAAUCUGUUAAUAUACCUCACUCAAUGUCACUUUGAGAGGCAUCUGCGUAGGGACCCUGUGGAGAUUACUUCCUUCUGAUCUUCAGUUAGUGACUCAUCAGAGUUGACUGAAAGCUUGUGUUGAAGAGUUAUUUCAGGCUGGAGUAUGUGUUGAAUUUAUGGCCAAGUAGCAAUGUAUCUAGAGGAUGUUGUUGGAAAACAUGGAGUACUCUUGUUCUCCCCCAGUGACGUGUUGUUUGAACAGUGGCAGCUUAUACUACUGGAAGCUUUUACUAAAACAUACUGAAAUUGGCAUCAGUUAAAUGUGAACUUUGUUUAUGCAGAAAUCUAUAUGUAGAACACUUUUUCCAUUUCCUUUGAUCAGGAGUGAUAGUUCAGGAGUAAGACCUUCGAAUAAAAGGAAGAAAAGAAACACUGGCCAGAAGACUAUCAAAUGAUUUUUGACUUAAAAUUCUCUUGGAAUCUAAAUGUGGUGCUGCUGAACAGAACAUCACUCUGCCUUCAAGUAUUUUAGAAACAAACCCAAAACUUUAAAUCAUCUCUUAGAUCUUUUCACAUGCUGCUGCUUUUGAGACUGGAGAUUAUUGUUAGUCAAAUUGUUCAUGAGCUUUAUCAGGGAUUUAAUGUUACUUGAAGAAAUCCUCUUGGAAAACCUCUUAAAAGGUUCACUGCCUUCAGUUAUUUUAUCUUUUGGGCUCAAUGACUUGUGGCAGUAGCUCAGGACAGAGGAACUGGUGCUAAUGUGGCAAAGAUAGGGAACUGGUUAACUUCAGUGUGAAAUUUGAGUUUGACUGCAGUGCUGACUUGGUUUUCUCAAUACCAUCUUUGCAUUCUCUUGGAAAAUGUAACUGGUAAAUUGAAGAUCCUGUGGCUUCUUUGCAAUGAGACGCACACCUACUGUCAUGUAUCCAGAGGUUUCUUUCACAACUAAACCAGGGCUCAUAGUUCAAAAAACUGUAUAAGCUCUUUUAUGUUAACGUACAUAUUUACAAGAAAUGGACUUCUGCAAAUGUGAACCUUUAGUUUUGAUAUAUGCAACCUACUGUAAAUUUCUUUGAAGGCAGUACUCUUGGGUUGCCUUCUCUCUGAAGGUUCUCAGGACAGCAAUACACGUAAUGUGCAAUAUGCUUUUACUGACUUGGGGCAUUUUUUUCAAGUUGUGUCUCACAGUGCUGUUUUAAAUUAUAUUUUUAGAGAAUUGUUUUUAAUGGUGUUUUAGGGUGGAGGGGAAAAAUGAGCCUGCGUGCUAAUGCGUGUUUAUGUACUAUGUUCCAAGAACACAACUUCUGAUAUCAAGCUAAUAAUUUCUUCCAUUCAGCAGGCUAGAGGAUUCUUCCUAUUUUUUUAAAUGCAGACUGUAACUGAGAAGGCAGUACUCCUCAGAAAUUAGUCUAGGAGUUUAGAGAACUUAGUUUGUCUUUUAUUCUGUUGGCUUUGUAUUUAUAUUAAACUUUAUUUUCAGAAGA